AGUUUCAAAGCAGCAGGAUGCAGAGUACUGUUCAGGUUUUCUAGUGGGGUCCUUGAAAGGGAGGACUUUGAAAGACAGUCUCUAAAGAACAAGAAAUAGGAGGAGUUACAGUACCUGACUUGAGGCUCCUGUUAAUCAAGUGCUGCGCUGUGAGGAAAAUAAUUUUCAAGCGUUAUGAAGGCGGAGAAGGAUCCUGAAGACGAAGAAAAUAUCCUUAGAGAUCCAAGCUAAGUGUAGCACAGCAUGUGAGGGACUGAGUCACCCCACUCAUUAGGCGUUUGUGUGAAGGCUUGCUUUGUGAGCUGCAGAGAUUUGUAACUUAAUGCGGAGUGGUUUGCCGUUAGCAACAAGAAACUAAAUCCUGUCUAUGAUGAGCUGUUGGUUUUCUUGUGCUCCUAAGAACAGACAUGCAGCAGAUUGGAAUAAAUAUGAUGACCGGUUGAUGAAAGCUGCAGAGAGAGGGGAUGUAGAAAAAGUAUCCUCAAUCCUUGCUAAAAAGGGAGUCAGUCCAGGCAAACUAGAUGUGGAGGGCAGAUCUGCCUUCCAUGUUGUGGCCUCAAAGGGGAAUCUUGAGUGUUUGAAUGCCAUCCUUAUACAUGGAAUUGACAUUACAACCAGUGACACUGCAGGGAGAAAUGCUCUUCAUCUGGCUGCUAAGUAUGGACAUGCAUUGUGCCUGCAAAAACUUCUACAGUACAAUUGUCCUACUGAACAUGUAGACCUUCAGGGGAGAACUGCACUUCAUGAUGCAGCAAUGGCAGACUGUCCUUCUAGCAUACAGCUGCUUUGUGACCAUGGGGCCUCUGUGAAUGCCAAGGAUAUAGAUGGGCGGACACCACUUGUUCUUGCUACUCAGAUGUGUAGGCCAACAAUAUGUCAACUGCUGAUAGAUAGAGGGGCAGAUAUUAAUUCCAGAGACAAACAAAACAGAACGGCUCUCAUGCUGGGUUGUGAGUAUGGUUGCAGAGAUGCAGUAGAAAUCUUAAUUAAAAAUGGUGCUGAUGUAAGCUUACUGGAUGCCCUUGGCCAUGAUAGUUCUUACUACGCAAGAAUUGGUGACAAUCUGGACAUUCUAACCUUACUGAAGACUGCAUCAGAAAAUACCAGCAAAGGGAGAGAACUUUGGAAGAAAGGACCAUCUCUGCAACAGCGAAAUUUGACACACAUGCAAGAUGAAAUAAACAUGAAGUCAAAUCAGAGGGAGCAUCAAAACAUUCAGGAUCUGGAGAUUGAAAAUGAAGAUUUGAAAGAGCGGUUGAGAAAAAUUCAGCAAGAACAAAGGAUACUAUUGGAUAAAGUCAAUGGUUUACAAUUACAGUUGAAUGAGGAAGUAAUGGUUGCUGAUGAUCUGGAAAGUGAGAGAGAAAAGCUGAAGUCCCUCUUGGCAGCUAAAGAAAAGCAACAUGAAGAAAGCUUAAGAACUAUUGAGACUCUGAAAAAUAGAUUUAAAUAUCUUGAGAGUGAUCAUUUAGGAUCAGGAAGUCAUUUCAGUAACCGAAAAGAAGAUGUGCUUCUUAAACAAGGUCAAAUGUAUAUGACAGACUCACAGUGUACUUCCCCAGGUAUGCCAGCUCAUAUGCAAAGCAGAUCUAUGUUAAGACCACUGGAGCUAUCUUUACCCAGUCAAACCUCAUACUCUGAAAAUGAAAUUUUAAAGAAAGAGUUAGAAGCAAUGCGAACCUUCUGUGAUUCAGCAAAGCAAGAUCGACUCAAGCUCCAAAAUGAACUGGCUCACAAGGUGGCAGAGUGCAAAGCCUUAGCAUUAGAAUGUGAAAGGGUCAAGGAGGACUCAGAUGAACAGAUAAAGCAAUUAGAAGAUGCAUUAAAAGAUGUGCAGAAGAGAAUGUACGAGUCAGAAGGUAAAGUGAAACAAAUGCAGACCCAUUUUCUUGCCCUUAAAGAGCACCUAACCAGUGAAGCAGCCACAGGGAAUCACAGAGUAAUGGAAGAACUGAAGGAUCAGCUGAAAGACAUGAAAGCAAAAUAUGAAGGCGCAUCUGCAGAAGUGGGAAAGUUAAGAAACCAAAUCAAACAAAAUGAGAUGUUAGUAGAACAGUUUAAGAGGGAUGAAGGUAGGUUGAUAGAAGAAAAUAAGCGAUUGCAGAAGGAAUUUAGUAUGUGUGAAAUGGAACGAGAGAAGAAAGGAAGAAAGGUCAUGGAGAUGGAAUGCCAGUUAAAAGAAUUGUUAGCAAAGGUGGCCCUUUCCAUUCCAACAGAAACAUUUGAAAACAUGAAGAGCUUAUUAUCAAAUGAAGUGAGUGAGAAAGCAAAAAAACUGGCAGAGAUGGAAAGAGAAUAUGAAAAAUCACUUAGCGAAAUUAGACAGCUGAAGAGAGAACUUGAGAACAUUAGGGCCAAGUUCGCCCAACACGUGAGACCAGAGGAACAUGAGCAGCUCAAGAGCAGGUUAGAACAAAAGUCAGGAGAGCUUGGAAAGAAGAUCACUGAGCUAACACUGAAAAACCAGGCACUACAAAAGGAAGUUGAAAAAGUUUCUCUGGAUAAGAAGCUCCUCAACCAGCAAGUACAUAAUCUAACAAUUGAAAUGAAAAAUCAUUAUGUUCCUUUAAAGGUAAGUGAAGAAAUGAAAAAAUCACAUGAUAUAAAUAUUGAUGAUUUGAAUAAAAAGCUUUCAGAUGUAACACAAAAAUAUACAGAGAAGAAGUUGGAGACAGAGAAAUUGCUGAUGGAAAAUGACAGAUUAAGUAAGAAUGUUAGCCACCUGGAAACUGUGUUUAUACCUCCUGAGAAACACGAAAAAGAGAUAAUGGCUCUGAAAUCCAAUAUUGUUGAACUUAAAAAACAGCAAUCUGAACUUAAUAAAAAAUGUGGUGAAGACCAAGAGAAAAUUCAUGCACUCACGUCUGAAAACACAAGUUUGAAAAAGACUCUGAGUAGCCAGUAUGUACCAGCCAAAACCCACGAAGAGAUUAAGACUGCCUUGAAUAACUCUUUAGAUAAAACUAACAGAGAAUUAUUUGAUGUGAAGAAAAGCUUUGAAGGUAUAAAUCAAGAAUUCAUAAAAAUAAAGGAUGAGAAUGAAAUUUUAAAAAGAAACCUGGAAAACACUCAGAAUCAAAUAAAAGCUGAGUACAUCAGCCUGGAAGAACAUGAGGGAAAGAUGCGUGUUAUGAACCAGAGCCUAAAGAAGGAGCAGGACGCUAAUGCUGCGAUCCUGACCAAGUACAACCAAGGCCAGGAAGAGAUUGUGACACUGCAUGCUGAAAUUAAAGCCCAGAAGAAGGAACUUGAUACAAUACAAGAAUGCAUCAAGCUAAAAUAUGCCCCAAUUAUCAGCUUUGAAGAGUGUGAGCGAAAAUUCAAAGCGACAGAGAAAGAACUAAAAGAACAGCUAUUAGAGCAGACACAGAAGUGUACUGUCAGAGAAGAAGAGGCCAAGAAAAGCAAGCUAGAGAAUGACAAGUUAAAGAAGGAGAUUUUCGCCCUUCAGAAAGAGUUAAAGGAUAAGAGUGCUCUCAUGGUGAAUUCCCGUGAAACCGAAAGAGCAUUAAGCAGAAAAACAGAAGAGCUAAACAAAGAGUUAAAAGACCUGUCACAGAAAUACACUGAAGUAAAGAAGGAGAAAGAGAAGCUCAUGGAAGAAAAUGCCAGACAGGGUUCGGAGAUCCUUGCAGCACAAAAUCUUUUGCAAAAACAGCAUGUUCCAUUGGAACAGGUUGAGGCUCUGAAAAAGUCUCUUAAUGGCACAAUUGAGAAUUUAAAGGAAGAACUGAAGAAUAAGCAAAGGUGUUUUGAGAAAGAACAACAGACGGUGACCAAACUGCAUCAGCUGUUGGAGAAUCAAAAGAACUCUUCAGUACCCCUGGUGGAGCAUUUGCAGAUUAAGGAAGCAUUUGAGAAAGAGGUUGGAAUCAUGAAAAUUAGCUUGAGAAAAAAGGAAGAAGAAAGCCAAAACAAAACUGAAGAAGUCUCUAAACUCCAGACCGAGGUUCAGAACACUAAACAAGCAUUAAAGAAAUUAGAGACAAGAGAGGUAGUUGAUUUGUCUAAAUAUAAAGCAACAAAAAGUGAUUUGGAGACUCAGAUUUCCAAUUUAAAUGAAAAACUGGCCAAUCUCAAUAGAAAGUAUGAUGAAGUAUGUGAAGAGGUUUUGCAUGCCAAAAAGAAGAAAGAUGAAAAGGAUUUAGUACAUUUCAGCAUUGAGCAAGAAAUCAAGGAUCAGAAGGAACGAUGUGAUAAGUCCUUAACAACAAUCACAGAGUUACAGAGAAGAAUUCAAGAAUCUGCUAAACAAAUUGAAGCAAAAGAUAAUAAGAUAACUGAAUUGCUUAAUGAUGUAGAAAGACUAAAACAGGCGCUCAAUGGCCUUUCCCAACUCACAUACACAAGUGGCAGCCCCACCAAGAGGCAGAGCCAGCUGAUUGACACUCUUCAGCACCAAGUGAAGGCCCUGCAGCAGCAGCUGGCUGAUGCCGACAGACAGCACCAAGAAGUAAUUGCAAUUUAUCGGACACACCUCCUUAGUGCUGCACAGGGUCACAUGGAUGAAGAUGUUCAGGCAGCCUUACUACAGAUCAUUCAGAUGCGGCAGGGGCUUGUGUGCUAGCAUUAGUACCGAGCAGCCCCAGUCUGACUUCUCCUCCUGGUGCUGAGCAUUCUGUGUGCAACUCUUACUCUUCUGGGCCUG